AUGGGUUGUUUAGCGGAAGAUGGCCGAACACCUCGGUGCAAAUACCAGCUGACACUUGGCGAAUUAUCUCCGCCAGUGGCAGAGUGGGAUGGAGAAGCAAAGGCGAACUUGGUGAAUGUUGUUAGCACGACCUUGGGCAGUUCUGGUGGAAUUCUUUGCUUUUGGGAUUCGUCCAAAAUUCAAGUGAUCGAUUCUUUGAUUGGUCCUUAUUCUAUUACCCUCUCGUGCAAAAAUCUUUCUAAUUCUUUUGAGUUGGUGUUCACAGGAGUUUAUGCUCCUUGUGCUAACAAUACUGAGGAAGUAAAGCUGUUUUGGAGAGAGAUUGAAGAAACUAGACGCUUCUGGGACUACCCCUGGGUAAUCGGAGGAGAUUUUAAUGAGAUCCGUUUUACUCAUGAAAGAUCUUCAGGUGAAGAAUCAACAAUUGGUAUGAGAAAAUUUAUCUCAAGACACCAUCUUUAUGAUUUGUCUUUGAUUGGGGCACCUUUUACUUGGACAAAUAAUCAAGUCCAAAGUAUUAGGAGUAGAAUUGACAGAAUUUUAUUAUGUCCUGUUUGGGAAUCUGUUUACCCUCAAGCAACUCAACAUGCUAUUGCUCGUCCUUGUUCUUAUCACAAUCCGAUAGCUCUGGUAGUGUUGGUUUUGUUUUUUUGCAAAAAGCUGCAGCUUCUUAAACAUCAAUUAAGAAUUUGGAGCAAAAGGGAGUAUGGAGAAGUUGAGAGAAGAUUAGAGGAGCUGGAGGAUACUGCUUUUGUCAAGAAAAGACAAAUUCAUGAUGGGGUUUUAAUAGCCAAUGAACUUAUUGAUUCAAGAAUUAGGAGUGGGAAGCCAGGUUUUCUUCGUAAAGUUGACUUUGAGAAGGCUUUUGAUCAUGUUAACUGGAUUUUCUUGGAUGAUAUGUUCAAGUUGAUGGGUUUUGGUGAAAAGUGA